AUGUCUCAUAUUAAGUCAGAACAUUCAGAUAUUGGUGAAAUUGUUGAUGAAAUUGAAGAAGAAGCAGAGGAGUUGUCGGAUAAAGAUAUUAUGGAAGAAGACGAGGAAGAGGAAGAGGAGGAAGAAGAAAUCGUGAAUGAGUUACAAAUAGGAAUGGAGUAUGAUAUACAUCUGCUUGAUCAAGGCAAUCAGCAAACAAGUGGAAGGAGGACUAGGACAGCUCGAAUAAAAGUGAAUACUAACUACAUUCGUUACAAUAUUCAAGUGCCUCAAUCCAUUCUUGAUCACACCUAUACUGAUGAAAUUGAAGACGAAGAAGAAGAGGUGGUGGAGGAAGAAGAUAUUAAUGAGUCUGUGGAUCAAGAUAUGUCUGAGUAUUUAGAAAGAAGUACAUUUUAUGUUACUUGUAUUAUGGACAUAGACGCCAACAAAGAUGCUGAUGAUGAUGAGGAACAAGAAGCAUGUGCUAUCUGCUUGCUUGAAUAUAAAAAUGACGAUAACAUUGGCACACUUCAAUGUGGCCAUGAAUUUCAUGCUGAAUGCAUCAACAAAUGGUUGCACAGGAAAAAAUCAAGUCCUUUUUGUAGAGCUUCAGUUUUGCCCACAGACACAUGA